ACAAAAUUGAGCUUGUUUACCAACGUUUUACGCCUGAUGUACGUUACAGAAUAGAUAAUGUUAAAUACCAGAAAAAAACUAGUAUAUCAUAAUUGUCGUGACACAUGUAUGGAUUUUGCGUUACAUCGCCGGCAGUCAUAAAAAAUGGCACGUCCACGUUGGAGUAGAAGGAUCGAGUUUUUCCUUACUUCUGUCGGAUAUUCCGUCGGUGUCGGUGAUCUAUGGAGGUUCCCCUACCUUGUGAUGAAGAAUGGAGGCGGAGCAUUUCUGAUCCCGAUUGUUAUAUUCAACAUAUUGGGAGCAAUGCCAAUCGUGUAUCUCGAGAUGAUAAUGGGGCAAUACUCCCAGACUGGAGCUUUACCUGUAUGGAAUGUCUGUCCUCUGCUCAAAGGAGUUGGUUAUGGCACGGUGAUAGCGACCUUUUUAUUUUCUAUUUACUAUGCCGUGAUCAUCUGUUGGAUGCUAUUCUACUUUGUCCAUUCUUUCUUCCCAACACUUCCAUGGACAACUUGUGAUAACGAAUGGAACAUGAGAGAAACGGAAGUUUGCAUUCCAAGAGCAGGGGCCGAUAGUACCGAUGGAGCAGCUGACGGAAACGAUACGGUUGUUGGCAAUAUUACGACUAUGUUAACGACAUCAGCAACAACUGCAAUGUCUGUGGUUUCAGAUGUCUCCGAAUUACCAAAAGUUACAUCAGCGGAACAGUUUUGGCGAUACAAAGUACUGGAUAUAUCAGAAGGUCUGGAUUAUUUGGGGUCCGUUAACUGGCCUCUUUUUGGAUGUCUUGUUGCUAUUGAAGUGAUGUGCUUCCUCUGUAUCUUCAAGGGUGUAAAAACGACUGGAAAGGUAUUGAACACUUAAUCUUUUUCAGUCUGUCCUUUUUCAAAGCCCAGAGGAAGUAUGUAUGCAAUGCACUUAAACAGAUAUAACUUAAACUAAAAUGUGAUAAAAAAGAAUAUUACAUUUGUGACUUUUCACAUUGAAUUUAUUAAACUUGUUGAAUAAAAUUGAUAAAAUGCUCGGCAGAGGGGCCCUGAGUAGAACCACCGACCUUACGGAAGCCAGCUAGUUCGCUUUUACACAUGAAGAAUUUUACGCUCCGAGUGAGGUUCGAGUGAUUUGAAGUCAGCGACCUUAACCACACGGCAACGGAGGCCCCCAUCAAUAAAAGAAUAAAAAUGAUGUUCUCUUAUUGUCAGAAAUAAUUUUAUCAUUUAUAAAUUGCACAAAUCCUAGUAUAAUUUUGUGCUGAAAGUUUUCAUGCGAUAUUGAAUGACAUAUAAAAACAAGAGUUAUAAAACCAUAGUCUCUCUACUUCUCGUUAACAUGUGGUGUACUUCACGGUACUUGGUCCAUUUGUCCUGCUUGCUGUGUUCCUGGUUAGAGGUGCAAUCUUGCCUGGCGCUGACAUUGGCAUCAAAUACUACUUAACACCUGACCUGAACAAACUCAAGGAAACGAAGGCAAGUAAUUUAUUUGU